AUGUCUUCGUAUACGCCAAUUGGGCCCCCUCAGCCAUAUAAUGGUACGGGGAAAACUGGCGGCGAUUCCGCCGUCGAUAAUCUGAACGUAUAUUUCGAUCCGGGUGACCAGGCGUAUAUCAUCGUUUCAUCAUGCAUGGUACUGCUCAUGAUUCCGGGCCUGGGCUUCUUAUAUUCGGGAUUGGCACGUCGAAAGUCUGCCCUUUCCAUGAUAUGGGCGUGUAUGGGUUCUUUCUCCGUAAUUGUGUUCCAAUGGUAUUUUUGGGGUUACUCGCUGGCCUUUAGCCCUUCUGCAACAAAUGGAUUCAUCGGAAAUUUGGGAAGUUUUGGUCUGAAGGGUGUUCUGGGAACGCCUUCACCUGGAUCACCACUUAUUCCUGAAUUGCUAUAUUCUUUUUACCAGCUACAAUUUUGUGCUACUACAGCUGCAAUAGUAGUAGGAGCUAUUGCUGAAAGGGGGCGAUUAAUUCCAGCCAUGGUGUUUAUCUUCUGCUGGGCAACACUCGUAUACUGCCCCCUUGCAUGCUGGGCAUGGAACGUCAACGGAUGGGGUUACAAAUACGGAGUUCUCGACUACGCUGGAGGUGGACCUGUCGAAAUCGGAUCUGGUCUUUCGGCUCUCGCAUACUCGAUGGUGUUGGGCAAGCGUCAAGAGAAGAUGAUGUUGAACUUCAGACCCCACAAUGUUUCGUUGAUUACACUGGGAACGAUUCUUCUGUGGUUUGGAUGGCUCGGUUUCAACGGUGGUUCGGCAUUUGGUGCCAAUCUUCGUGCUGUUAUGGCUUGCUGGAACUCAUGUUUGGCUGCCAUGUUCGGUUCAAUCACUUGGUGCUUGCUAGAUUACCGUCUUGCAAGGAAAUGGUCAAUGGUUGGCUGGUGUUCCGGCUGUAUUUCUGGUCUUGUCGCUGCCACCCCAGCCUCUGGUUUCAUCCCACCAUGGGCAGCCGUCAUUCUCGGCAUAGUCACUGGCAUAGUUUCUAAUUUUGCAACUAAGAUUAAGUUUUGGAUCGGCAUCGACGAUAGCAUGGAUGUCUUCGCUGAGCACGGCAUCGCUGGUAUAGUCGGUCUCAUCUUCAACGCCCUCUUCGCCGCCGACUACAUUAUUGGAUUAGACGGUGUGAAUGGAAACGGUGCUAUAAACGGCGGCUGGCUCAAUCACAAUUACAAGCAACUUUACAUCCAAGUUGCCUACAUUGUAGCUUGCACCGGCUAUGCCUUUGUGAUGUCCGCCAUUAUCGCCUACAUCAUCAACUACAUCCCCGGCCUACAUCUUCGUGCAUCAGAGGAUGCCGAACUCCUUGGUAUGGACGAUGAUCAACUCGGCGAGUUCGCCUACGAUUACGUUGAGGUCCGCAGAGAUUACCUUGCGUGGACACCCGCCAAGGACGAGCCCGAGAAGACGGAGAGCAAUGUUGCCGCGGGAGACAGGUACGGGAUCCCUCAACACAGCGAUAUGAUUAAUGGACAUUCACCGGAGCGGGAUGCUGGAAAUGCGCAUACUGGGAUUCAAGGCGAUCGUCAUGCUCAGGGUAUUGAUGCCGAUGAACACAACGAAAAACCUGUACCUGCUACUAAUGGCUUAUGA